GCCCUGCUUGGGGAGACUUGGGCUAUGCCAGGGGAGGUCAGAACCCUGUGCCACCAGCGCUGGACCAUGCUCAGGGCCUCAGGGCUGGCCCUCCUGGCUCUGGUCAACCUUGUGAGCUUGAGCUGGGCCAGUGGCUUCACAGAGACCGGCCUGUCCUUGUUGGGCUAUCAGCUGUGUGAGCGCCUGGUGACCCAGCACACCCGCCGGGUGGAGGCCACGCAGUCGUCCCGCGUCACCUCUGUGUCCUGCGGCGGCUGGAUCCCCUGGCGACGAUGCCCCAAGACUGUGUACAGCACACAGUACGUGGCGGUGGACGUCCCCGAGGCCAGGAAUGUGACCAGCUGCUGUGAAGGCUACGAGCAGCUGGGCUUCUACUGCGUCCUACCUCUGAAUCGCUCUGGAAAGUUCACCUCCAGACCCGGGGUCUGCCCGGCGGCGGGGACCGGGCCAGGAGCAUCCGCGUCCCGAUGCAGCAUAGACACCGACUGUCCUGGACUUAACAAGUGCUGCCCCUGGCUGGGGGGCCACCGCUGUGUGACCCCCACACUCCAAGCCCCCGAGAACAUGUUGGCCUGGUACAACGUGACCAUCCUGGUGAAGAUGGACUUCCAGGACCUGCUGCGAGAGGACCCCCGCCUCUUGAACCACACGCGCCUCCUGGGCUCCCUGGUUAUCAAUGCCCUGCAGCCGCUGAACGCCUCCGUCCAUCACCUGCACUCGGCCAGCAGCGACCCCUCCACCACGCUGUCGCGGCUGCUGCUGGGCCUGCGGCAGCUGCUGCCCAUGGCCAGCAUCUCUGGCAUGCUGGAUGAGCUGGUGCGGCGCGUCUACGAGGUGGUCAGCGUCCAGGUGCAAGAUGUGAACGAAUGCCUGUAUGAAGAACUCAGCACCUGCUUGGGGGCGGAGCUGUGCGUCAACGAGGAGGGCUGGCACCGGUGCGCUGGCGUGCAGGGGUCCUCGGCGGGCCCGCCUCCCCAGCUGCGGAGUCACCUGGAGGAAGACUGCCCUCCUGUCGGUGACCACGUGGCGCACAAUGUCACCAGCACUGGCUUCCGCGUGUCCUGGAGCUCCAGUCCCGCCCAGAACCGCACCUUCCACGUCCAGGUGUCCAGGGGCGGGGUCCCGCUCAGCAGCUCCUGGACCCGGGCCCAGACCGUGGCGGUGGCCGGGCUGGAGGCAGGGGUCCUCUACGAGGUCAAGACCAGCUACCAGGGCUGCGGGGCUAACAUCUCGGCCGUGCUGACCGUCAAAACUGAGGCCCAGCUGUUCAGAGUCACCCUGAGGAUCGUGGACCGCAACCUGACAGUCGAGCUGCAGGACCCCAGCAGUAGCGAGUACCAGGCCUUCGUCAGCCAGCUGCUGCAGGAGGUGGAGAAGUCCUUGCCGCCUGCCGUGUCCGACCUGCGCAGGCGCGGGAAGCUGUGGAUACACCUCGUGUCCCUGCAAGCGGGAAGUGUGGUUGCCACGCUGAGACUGACCGUGCAGGACCCCGAGUUCCCACUGCAGGUGUCCACGCUGUCGCCCAUGCUGGGGCCGCUGUGGGCCAGCACGGUGUUCCAGAUUGACCGGCAGGGAACGCAGGUGCAAGACUGGGACGAGUGUGCAGACAGCUCGGAGAAUGACUGCUCGCCAGCCGCCCGCUGCAUCAACCUCGAAGGAUCCUACAGCUGCCAGUGCCGCGUGGCCAGGGAUGUCAACCCCAGCCGGUCGGGCCGGGCCUGCGAGGGGGACAUGGGGAGCCCCACGGGAGCUGUGCCAUCUGCAGCGGCAGGGGUCACGGCCCCAUUGCUGGGCAUAGGAACAGCAGCACUCAACGCAGAGAACCUUACCUUGGCAUCCAGCCCAAGGCACCUGCAGGAUACCCAGACCGCUGGGCCCCCGCCCAGCAUCUCAACGCAGCAGCACGAGGAACGGUGGGGCAGCACAGGGCGAGGGGUGGCCGAGGCAGAGCCCAGCACAGCCCCCGGCCUGGGGAGCACUGCCCCCUCCAGGGCUCCCAGCUCAGUUCCCAGUUCCCACCAGGGGGCAACAGCUGACCUGCUGGACACCAAUGGACAGUUUCUGGGAGCACUUACCACGAAGCCACCCCCUGAGGACCCCACGGGCCACGUCGUGUGGCACACCACCCUGCCCAUGUGGGAGACCCCCCUGAGCCCCACACAGUGGAAGAACGAGGACCCCAGCCUCCCUGGCUCCCCAGCCUUGCCACGGACCCCGACUCUGGCAUCUCUGAGGACCCCCACCUGCGCUCCUGUCCUCAUUGAGCGGGUCACCGUCUCCAACGUGACCAGCUCUGGCUUCCACCUGGCAUGGGUGGCGAGUCUCGCUCUGCGCCCCACCUUCCAGCUCACCCUGAGCCCUGCGCCGAGCUCCACUGUGGGUCUAGAGACCCAGGACACGCGUGUGGUGUUGUCGGGGCUGCAGCCAGGCGUCCUGCAUCUGGUGGAGCUGGUGGCCAAAGCAUGUGGGAAGGAAGGUGCCCCAGCACACCUCAAAGUGAGGACAGAGGCCAGGAAACUCGGCGGCCAGGUGAGGCUCGCCAACGUCUCAUUCUCCGAGUCGCUGCGCAACACCAGCAGCCGUGAGCACCGCGAGUUCCUGCAGCUCUUCCUCAAGGCGGUGCGGGGUUCCUUGCCAACUGAGCUGUGCCAGCAGCUGGACACCGGCGGGGUCAGGCUGGAGGUGACCCGUAUCACCAACGGCAGUGUCAUGGUGGAGUUCCACGUGCUGAUCAUUGCCGACGUGGACGUGGGGGAGGUGUCUGCUGCGUUCCUGGCUGCCCUGCAGAACAUGACCGUGCUGGAGGUGGUCCCCAGCGACACCUUCCUGCAGGAUUAUGACGAGUGUGCAGCAGGCGAGGAUGACUGUGCACCCGGGACCACCUGCAGGAACACCCUCGGCUCCUUCUCCUGCGACUGCGAGGAAGAACUCGACUUCCCCAUAGAAUAUUCUGGAAGAUCCUGUGAAGGUGGAGUGCUCUAUUCCUUCUUCCACGAUCCUGCCCCACAGCGUCUUCUCUCAGGACACUCGUUCACGAAGGCCUGCUUCCCUGGGGCAAGCAGCCCUGCACCCUCAGGCCCGUCCCCUCGGCUGACACUGAGCAGCGCCGUCAGGGUGCUGUGCGAGAUGGAGAAGGUGGUCGUGGCCGUGCAGAAGCAGUUCCUGCGGCAGGAGGCCGUCCCCGAGUCGUCCCUCUACCUGGGCCAGCCCGCCUGCAAUGUGAGCCACAGCAACAGCAGCCACGUGCUCCUGGUGGCCGGCUGGGGCGAGUGCGGGACCCUCGUGCAGAGUAACAAAACAGACACGGUGGUGAGGACCACACUGAGGAGUGACCUGUCCCCCGACGGCGUCAUCCGGCACCUCAGAAUCCUCAGCCCCAUCCACUGCGCCUUCCGCAACCACCUGCUCACGUCCUCAGGGUACACGCCGGAGUGGGGGGUUUACACUGUCAUCGAAGAUCUCCACGGCGCGGGGAGCUUUGUCACCGAGAUGCAGCUGUUCGUUGGGGAGUCCCCCAUCCCCCAGAACCACAGCGUGUCUGCCAGCGAUGAUGUGAAGAUCGAGGUGGGGCUUUUCACCCACAAGGGCAACCUCAAGGUGGUGCUGACCGAGUGCUGGGCCACCCCGUCCAGCAACGCCCAGGACCCGGUCACCUUUGGGUUUAUCAACAACAGCUGCCCGGUGCCCAACACCUACACCCGCGUCAUUGAGAACGGCGACUCGCACAAGGCGCAGUUCAAGCUGAGGAUCUUCUCCUUCAUCAACACCUCACUCGUCUACCUGCACUGCCAGCUGCGUGUGUGCCUGGAGGCGCCCGGAGCCUCGUGCAAGAUCAACUGCAAUGACCUCCGUGUGCUGAGGAGCGGUGAGACCUCUGCAAUGCACCAGACGUCCUGGGGGCCCCUCGUUCGCUCCACAGGUGAGCCCCAUUUCAGCGCGCCAGGCCUGGGCGCUGGCUACGUGGCCCUCAUCGUGGCGGGCGUCCUCGCUGUCCUGGCGGGGGCCGCUGCCCUGGUGGUCGUACGCUGCCAGAGGAUGACUGGAAAUUACAGCAUCAAGCUCCGCUCGGACAACUUCAGCUACCGGGAGUUUAGCCAAUAG